GAACAGCCAAUAACGAAACGUUGGUAGUUCAUCACUAAUGGCACAGUUUCUCAGCAUCGCUGAUUAAACUGAGCCAGCCAGCCAGCCAGGACGGACUGAUGGAUUUAUCAUUUUCGUAUUAUUCGUAUAGGACUUCCAGUGUAAAUAUACCUAAACUGCCUAAGGAACGUACAAAACAUGUACUUUUUAUUAAGAUUUCGGUGUCGAACGAACAUCUCGAAAUGUAGGAUGUGAACUUAAAAGAUGCCCUGGCAACAAUUGACACGAUACAGCGAAGAAUUCCCUGGAGGAUCAUCCUAUACUAAAACCAAGUAUACAUUAUAUGGAUUAAUUGCUAUAACCUUGGUAUGAUACGCGGUUGCUCCAAAGUGGUCCACAUAACGCGGUAAAACUCCCCACCAAGAUUAUUAUGGCGGCUUUCAGUGAAUACAAACUCGAUCUUCUGUUCGUAUCGCUGCUCUUUAAUGUGAUGUUGAUACGUGCUUCGUAUCCGCAAUGCGAAACCAUCACCAAGAACUCUUGUAGCGGGCAAGAUGAAAUCCCCACGACUGUCAUGCCUACAAUAGCAGAGGCGGGAGAGUAUCCGUGGGAGCACAGUGAGUUAGUACACUAUCUUCACCGAAGUUGCUUCUGUGACGAACUGUGUAAAGUUCACGAUGACUGUUGUAGCGACUUUCAGGAUAAUGUUGAUACGAACGAGGGUACAAAAUCGACUGAUUCUGUCUACGGAACCCGAUUAGAGUUGUACAAGAAGCAUUUGUCUUUAUCACCUUUGACGAGUAUAUUUGGAUAUCAUACUGAUGGUGUAUCGAAAAGAGAAGCUAUCAUGGGAACAUGUUGGGUAGAGACAUGCCCCGAGUAUUUCCAAGAGGAGUCCGUGCGUAAAUUAUGCGACGACGACAGAAAUACCUACGGAGAUAAGUUUCUAUGGUGGCCGGUGAGUAAUAUGAAAACUGGUAUCACCUAUCGGAAUAUGUAUUGCGCCCUCUGCUGGGACGAUAGGGAGAUAGUGUUCUGGGAGAUUUCGGUGGGAUGUACCUUUUCCAAUGAUUACACCGGUGAGUAUUUCGACAGUCUCAUGGCCGAUCCUUUAAUGGCAGAUGAUAACGAAAAUUCCCGACCAAAGAGGUCGGAAGCAACGACUGAUUCCGGAAUCAAGCCGAGUGAUCCCGAAGCAGGCCCGAAUUCUGCCGACGUAACGCCGUCUGGUGGAACGGAUAUACUUACCAAGCUGCAGCGUUGUAAUAAGUAUCUCCUGAACCCGUUUGGAAUCAGAAAUCUUCGCAAUUUCAAACUGAAUAUAAUAUCAGUUUGUCCUGGGAACUGGACAGACACAACUGUGGCCGAAUUCUGUGGCAAUUAUACUUAUAUUAUAUACGACAAUUCAACAACCAAUCAUCUGUAUAAGAAUAUCCACUGUGCAUUGUGUAAUGGUGUACGCGAGGAGAACAUAGUAUGCAACUGGAAGCAUAUGGAUUCGAUCACGUUAUCCUUAGGAUUCGGUUCAAGUAUGCAACCAUUUUACCCGAUAACUGUGUUAUUCGAACCGCUAGGCGGACGGGUCACUGUCACAGACGGAGAAAAGGUCCAAAACGAUCCAUUACAAAACUGCGGGAAAAAUCAAAUUUUUGACUUAUUUCAACAAAAGUGUAGAAAGGUAUUCUGUCCACCGCUACAGGAAUUUAUCAAUGGGACGUGUAUUCGUAGAUUUGCGCCAAGAGUAAUGGCGUUCCGACCACUGCCGCCCAACGGCAGUGACAUUCAACCCGGGAUAAUGUGCCCGGAGGUCAAAUACGGGCCAGAGGAGUUUAAGAUUUUAGAAAAUGGUAACGUCGUCUUCAACGGUGACGCACGAGAAUUUAACGCAAGUAAUUUUCGUCUGGUGAAUGGUUCGCUUUAUUUGUGCGCCCAUCACGUGGUCAGCAAAAACGUAUCGGUCGGCAUGGUGAGGACUAUUUAUGAAUUUGAGAAUGCCGCAAUGAUCAUAUCCGCUACCGGGCAAAUCUUUUCCAUCGUCUGCCUCGCUUUGAAUUUUGUCAUCUACGCUAUUUUGCCGCCAUUGCGCAACACCCCUGGCAAGACCUUGAUGAGUUUAGUGCUGGCGCUCUUCUUAUCACAGUUGACAUUUCUGGUCGGUGCAGGCCGGACGAAUAAUUACAUCACGUGCGUCCUGGCGGCAACUUUAAUCCAUUAUUUCAUCCUAGCGUCUUUCGUGUGGAUGAACGCGCUAUCAUUGGACCUAGCUUUAGCAUUUUCCGCUACCAACCUCCACAGCACGGACGAGAAAGCAAAACGCCGGCGUUUCAUAGCUUUCAGUUUAUACGGUUGGCUCGCCCCAUUAUUGGUCGUCGGAAUUUCACUCGUGCUAGAUCUCUUUGGUGACGCCACUGGGGAGUUCCGGCCGCGUUAUGGCCGCCAUAUUUGUUGGAUUUCAAACCCGAGCGCCGUCGGCCUGUUAUUUAUUCUCCCCUUAGCCAUUCUUCUUACUAUAAACUUGGUACUGUACAUAUUCACGGCUGUAAAUAUCUACAAAGCAACAGUCGCCGCAGAUAUGGUUCGCAAAAGGGACAAAAGGAGCCUACUCAUAUAUAUCAAGUUAUCAGUUAUAAUGGGUGGGACCUGGAUCUUCGCCUUCGUGUGGAUCAUAACAAAAAGUUCUGUUGUGCAGUACACGUUUAUCAUUCUCAACAGCCUACAAGGCGCUUUUAUAUUCUUCUCUUUCGUGUUCAGGAGAAAAGUAUAUUACAUGUUAAGACAAUACUACGGUCCAGAUCGAAAGAGGAGUACCUCGUCCACAGGCAAGGCGGCAGCAUAUUCUUACACCACGGAUGGUAUAAAUAAUAGACUAUACACGGUAAAUCCGCAGCCUACAGGGAUUCAUCCCAGUGUCAUGGGUACCGGGAGGCCGACUGCCCUUUGACUGUUGUGCAGUUUACCAAGAAUUCGGGACCAAAUGAAUGUCAAUAUUGUAUGUUGUGAAGGAAAUAGUAAAGAACUUUCCUAUCCGA